GCCGUGACAUCGGAAUAAUUUGAGGUGGUACGUGAUGGAAAUUAUAAUCUGACCUGUAAUUUUGUAGGCAAGAUGGAUGAUGUGUGAACAUCACCUCUGUUGAAACCUGGACUCACUAAAACUGAUCGUCAGCCCCCCUUCAAACCAUACGCCUUUAAUACCAUUUCUUCAUCAACUCACAAACACCUUCUCACUUUCCUUUUUUUCAACUUAUAAACUUCGAGAUCUCCGUGCACAAAAAGCUUCCAAGGGUCUGUUACGUUCCCCCUAACAAAUUUUGGGUAUCUUUUGUUUUGUUCUAUAGGAUGAAGGUCACUCUAGUUUCACGCAGUGGAAGAGAGUUCAUCAAUGGUGGCCUCGAGCUUCCUGACUCAGCUACCGUGGCUGAUCUGCAGGAGGCAAUUUACAAGAGAACUAAAAAGUUUUAUCCUUCAAGACAAAGACUAACACUCCCAGUACCUCCGGGAUCAAAGGAGAGACCUGUCGUCCUUAACUACAAGAAGAGCCUCAAAGAUUACUCUGAUGAAAAACAGAACAAGUUAACUGUAGUGUUCAAGGAUCUGGGUCCGCAAGUAUCGUAUAGUACACUUUUCUUCUUUGAAUACUUGGGUCCUUUGAUCCUCUAUCCUAUCUUCUACUACUUUCCAGUGUACAAGUUCUUUGGUUAUGGAGAGGAUCGUGUGAUCCACCCAGUUCAAACAUAUGCUGUAUAUUACUGGUGUUUCCACUACCUCAAACGUAUUACGGAAACAUUCUUUGUCCACCGCUUCAGCCAUGCAACAUCUCCAUUCUCAAAUGUCUUCCGGAAUUGUGCUUAUUAUUGGCUCUUUGGUUCUUACAUAGCUUACUACGUAAACCACCCACUUUACACACCUGUUGGUGAUCUUCAAAUGAAGAUAGGGUUUGGAUUUGGGUUGGUUUGUCAACUGUCAAACUUAUAUUGUCAUAUCAUACUGAAGAAUCUACGAAACCCUGAUGGGAGCGGAGGCUAUCAAAUUCCUCAUGGAUUUCUGUUCAACAUUGUGACAUGUGCAAACUACACUACAGAGAUUUACCAAUGGCUCGGUUUCAAUAUUGCUACGCAGACUGUUGCAGGUUAUGUAUUUCUCGUAGUUGCUACUUCUAUCAUGACCAAUUGGGCCCUCGCAAAGCACCGCCGUUUGAAGAAGCUAUUUGACGGCAAUGAAGGAAGGCCCAAGUACCCGCGCAGAUGGGUAAUUCUUCCCCCAUUCCUGUAGAAUGAUGGUUAAAACCUCCUACUCAUUGGACUUUUUUCAGUAUUAAGUUUUCAUUCCAGAAGCAUGGAUUCGAGUUCAUGUCAGAUACGAACAUAAGAUGACCAGAGAAUUCAUUUUUGUUUUCAGUUUAGAUAAUGUAAUGCAUCUGAUAUGCAUUAGGAUGAUCCUUCUUUUUGUAUAAAUAUUCAAUUGGUAAAGGUUGAUGCCAUUCAAUCAGCUUGAUACUACUGGCAUCAAAGUUUGAGCUAACUUCAAAAA